AUGAGAGCUCAGCUCCAGAGCGUGAAAACAUUCAUACAAGCAAAAGCCGAUAUAAAUGCGGCACCAGUCCGAUAUCGUGGACAAACAGCCCUUGAAGCCGCAGCUGGUGUCGAUACCAAUGCACCUCUCACUCACGACGUUGGCCGAACGGCCCUACAAGCAGCAGCUGGAGAGGGCCCUCUUGAGGUUGUGAACUCACUGAUAAAACUCAAUGCUGAUAUCAAUGCUGCUCCAGCCGAAAACGGUGACCGAACAGCUCUCCAACCAGCAGCUGAAGCAGGUCAUCUUCAGGCUGUGAACACAUUGAUACAGGAAAACGCUGAUGUUAAUGCAGCCCCAGGAAACAUCUAUGGUAAAACUGCCCUCGAAGCUUUAGCCAAACUGCCCUCCAAGAAGCAGCCGUAA